CUUGUUGGUCGAGUUCAGCAGUGGUCCCCUCACCAUAGAGGAUCACCUAUGAGCACACCCCUCUCAUAAACUGAGCGACUAACAUGGGGUCUCUAGGCCUCUAACGAUAGUCCAUGUUAUGCAAGACAACAGGAAUCAUGAGCUCCAUGCAGUCAGACUCCUCUGCAAAUGUGACCUUUAUUCGUCCUGCAACAUUUUUUAUCAGUGACUUUUCAAAUAUCCCACAUGCAAAAUACUACUAUGUGUUCCUGUCUUUAGUGUAUGUUGUGACUGUUUUAGGAAAUUCAUUUAUCAUGUGUAUCAUUUAUUUGGCCCGCAGACUCCACACAGCCAAAUACAUUGCUGUUUUUCAUCUGGCUUUUUCUGAUCUGUGUGGAAGCUCAGCUUUGAUUCCAAAAAUCAUAGACAUGUUUUUAUUUGAGCACCAGGACAUUUCUUAUGACGCGUGCAUGGCUAAUAUGUUUUUUGUAUACCAUUUCAUGAAUCUGCAGUCUUUGACACUUCUUGCUUUGGCUUAUGACAGAUUGGUAGCUAUUUGUUUUCCUCUGCGGUAUCAUGCCAUUGUAACCAAACCAGCCAUGUUUCUGAUCAUAGGAGCGAUGUGGAUUUUGUCUGUGACAUUUUUUUCUGUACUUGUAGGUUUGGUGAAUAGACUCUCUUUUUGUAGGUCUAAUGUACUUAAUAGCUACUUUUGUGAUUACGCCCAGAUCUGUAGACUAGCCUGUAAUGAUAAUUCUAUAAAUGUUUUGAUAGCUAAUAUUUCCUAUGGUCUUCUGAUUUGCACACCACUCAUACUGAUCAUCAUUACAUAUUUCUGCAUUUCUCUGGCUUUGCUUAAGAUUGCUCAUGGUGCUGACAGAAUGAAGGCCAUAAAAACCUGUACUUCACAUCUCAUAUUGGUGGCAAUUUUUUAUCUCCCAGUUUUAAGCAAUAUCAUUGCAUCUGUAACAACACCUUUGCAUUUAAAUACUCAGAUAAUUAACAAUUCCCUGACACAGGCAAUACCACCUAUGCUGAAUCCCAUCAUAUACACUCUAAAGACAGAGGAGGUCAUGCAAUCCAUAAAAGACCUGUACAAACGGAGCAGGGUGAACAUAACGAGAGAAAGGAAGAUGAAAUGCAGUAGAAUUUAAUAUAAUUACAGGUUUAAUUACAUGUCUUCUGAUCAAUGUGUGAAGGAAAAAUAAUAUGAGGUACAUUUUGCCUACCACAAAAUUGCUGUUAAUUGACUGCCUGAAUGAAACUCUUAUGUUUUUAUGUGUGAAUUUGCGAAUUAAACAGACCAAAUAUGUUUAAAAUCUUUGGGCAUAAAUUAGAAAUGCUGAUUUGGGAUUUAUUUCUGCUUUGAUAUUAUUUAUUAUAAAAAUGUUCAAAUAAUUUCAGUCAAGUCUUAAUAAUAAAGCUUUGAAACUAUGGACAUUUUCAUUCAGUGAUUUAAUAAGUCAAUUAAAAGAACAAAUAUAUUACUUGACUCUUAAUAUAAGAAUAAUUUUUUUUAAAAAGAUCUGCAUCUUAUUUGUUGUGCAUAUUAACACACAUCU